AUGCUGACAAAAGAGAUUUUAUACUUCGUCGUCUGUUUCGUUAUUAAUUUGAGCGCUAGUGACGACACGGUUAUAGUGAGUCUCAGACCAGAAGAUGUGGUGAACACCUUCAAAAAUGUGCUGUCGUCUAGGUAUAUGAAAGAGCUUGCGAACGAAUUUGCGGCUAAAGCAGCUCAUUACUUUAUUAAGGAAAUGAGGAAUAAGGAAAAGGAAUUUACUAAAGUAGAUCCAAAGAGUAACGACGAUAACUUUGGCUCAAGGAUCCCAUCCCGCGCUGAAUACCCUCGUAACAACUAUCCAGAACUAGCAAUAUUAGACGAAGAAGAAGCGAUGGCUCUUCUCCAGGACCCUUCACCAGACGGCGACAACUUGGAGAAGGAGUCACCAUAUCUCAGCAACGAAGAAAUUUCUGGGAAGGAUAGCAAACGGGACAUUCCAGUGAUAGGCGUGAUGAAAAUCAAUGGAGUGUAUUUCAGAAGACUGCUAGGCGUUCUUUAA